UGCGCAACGACGUCAGCCCCAAGGAUUCGAGCCAGAGUGAAUCGAACCCAAGAGCCUUGGUGUACUUUGGUCUACCUACCACCUACCUGUUUGAUGGAGCAAUCGCUCUCUAAACAGGAGCUAUGACAGACUCAGUUCCUAUUCCCGAAAUCCCUCCGACUGCGACAGCUCCAGACAGCGCCAUCGAUCCAGCACCUCAGAUAACCCAGGCCCCGGAGGAUUCCCCGAAACGCAUGGGUGUUGACGGCGAGCAGAACCCGACCGAAAAUGCAGGCGAUGCUGCGCCAAGCGGCGAGCCAGCUCAGCCACCGAUAUCCAAGAGCCAGCAAAAGAAGCUGAAGCGCCAGCUCAUGUGGGAAGAACGGAAGGACGACCGCAAGCGCCAGAGAAAGGAGAGGCGCCACCACCAGCAGGCCAAGAGGCGCGCGGUGAGGGCCGAGCGAGCCGCCGAACUCGAGGCAACGGGCCUGGACCCCAAGGCGGCGUUCCAUGCGGCCAAGCCCCCUCGCCGGCCACCACCGCGGCAGGCGCCCGUCACCAUAAUCCUCGACUGCGACUUCGAGAAGUACAUGUCGGAAAAAGAGCUCGUCUCGCUCUCGAGUCAAAUCGUGCGCUCGUACUCGGACAACCGCGCCGCCUCGGUCCAAGCACACCUCGCCAUCAGCUCAUGGGGCGGCAAGCUGCGGGAGAGGUUCGAGACAGUAUUGGCAAAUUCUCAUGAGAACUGGAAAGGCACCCGCUUUUCUGAGGCGGACUUUGUGGAGACGGGGAGGGAAUCUCUCGAGAUGAUGAAAGGCCCCAAAGGUGGCAUCCUAGUCGAUAGCCUGCAGCCUCAGGUAGCGCCGACAGAAAAGUCGCCAGUGGAGGGAACAGUAGCCCCGCCAGCACAGGCCCCCAUCACGAAAGAUGCCCGGGACCCAACCCCAGUCACCGAAGCUGAGCCGGGCUGGCAAGGCCCAUCAAUAGUCUAUCUGACGGCAGACUCUCCCUACACACUAGAGAGGCUGGAGCCAAACACGAGUUACGUGAUUGGCGGCAUCAUUGACAGGAACCGGGAGAAGGGCCUGUGCUACAGGCGCGCCAGGGAGAGGGGCGUGCGCACGGCCAAACUGCCUAUUGGCGAGUAUAUGGUCAUGGCCAGCCGCAAGGUUCUAACGACCAACCAGGUUGUCGAAAUCAUGGUGAAGUGGCUAGAGCAUGGCGACUGGAAGGUGGCCUUUCAACAAGCCAUCCCCAAGAGGAAAGGCGGCGUGCUCAAGGGGGAUGAUCCAGACGCAGAAGAUGUGGACGUAGAUGAGCCAGAUGAUCUAGAAACCGGGGAGGGGUAUGGCGAUGAGGGCGAGAACGAGGGUGAGGACCAGGAGGACGACACGCCAGACAACGGUGUCAUUGUUGGUAGAGAGGGGGAUGAUACCCAGUCGUGAGACAUUGAAGAUGCCGAACAUAAUAGGGGAACCCGAUAUAAAGAAGAACAUAAAACAACCAAGUCCAGGAGAAUAUUCUGGCACGCAAAUGUCCGAACAGCAUACCAGGCUAUAUGUUCUAGAGCACUUUCCCAGCUAUUCAACUGUACGCGGGUUCGUUUCCUCGUUUCCUAGACCUGAGAUAAAACAAAUCAAUUGGAAACAAGAUUCUAAACC